UGAAGCAAUCAUGAUAUUCUAUGGAAAUAUCCUCGUCUAUACCUGUUCAUGCUCUUCAAUAUGUCUCCAAAUUGUCCCCAUACCACGUCUGGUAGCUUCGUGGGGGUUAUUUUCCAUUUCCCACCUUACCUCUGCUUCCACUUGACCUGCCUCAGCAUUGUCCCAGUCAAUGUAGGCCAUCAUCUCUUCUUUUGUCCACGCCCUUCUUCCACCUUGAGGUAAAAGCAGUAUGGACCCAUUUGUUUGUAGUCUUGGCACCAAUCAUAUAGCUCUUUCCGAUAUCG